ACACAGGACUUUACUUGGCUUCGUUUCGGUGCGUCUCUGUCGGCUGGAGGACCGAUCGAGCUCCGCGCUCUGCGGGACCCGGAGACCGGAAGGCUCGCUCCGCUCUUGGCAGAGGAAGCCGGAGUUGUUGACCCUUCGACAGGCGACAAUGGCGACCGACGUGAGGCAGGAGCUUGCACAGCUGAUGAAUUCAACUGGAUCUCAUAAAGAUCUGGCUGCCAAAUAUCGACAAAUUUUGGAGAAGGCCAUUCAGUUUACAGAUGCAGACCAACUGGAAUCCUUGAAGGCCUUUGUUGAAGCAAUGGUUAAUGAAAAUGUCAGUCUUGUCAUCUCGAGACAACUGCUCACGGAUUUCUGCACACAUCUGCCCAACCUGCCUGACGCCACAGCUAAAGCAGUGUAUCACUUCACCUUGGAAAAGAUUCAGCCGAGGGUCAUCUCCUUUGAGGAACAGGUCGCCUCAAUCAGACAGCACUUAGCAACCAUUUAUGAAAAGGAGGGAGACUGGAGAAAUGCUGCGCAAGUUUUAGUUGGUAUUCCCUUGGAAACAGGACAGAAGCAAUACAAUGUUGACUAUAAGUUGGAUACGUACCUGAAAAUUGCCCGUCUGUACUUAGAGGAUGAUGAUCCAGUGCAGGCAGAGGCCUACAUCAACAGAGCGUCGUUGCUUCAGAACGAGUCCUCUAAUGAACAGCUGCAGAUACACUAUAAGGUGUGCUAUGCCAGAGUCCUCGACUUCAGGAGGAAGUUCAUUGAAGCUGCACAAAGAUACAACGAGCUGUCUUAUAAGUCAAUUGUCCAUGAGACUGAACGUCUGGAGGCACUGAAACAUGCCCUAAACUGCACCAUACUGGCCUCUGCAGGCCAACAGCGUUCCCGUAUGUUGGCCACUCUCUUUAAGGAUGAGCGCUGUCAGCAGCUGGCUGCCUAUGGUAUUCUGGAGAAGAUGUACCUGGACCGUAUUAUCAGAGGAAACCAGCUGCAGGAGUUCGCUGCCAUGCUGAUGCCUCACCAGAAAGCCACCACAGCGGAUGGUUCCAGCAUCCUUGACCGAGCUGUGAUUGAACACAACCUCCUGUCUGCUAGCAAACUCUACAACAACAUCACUUUUGAAGAACUAGGAGCACUGUUGGAAAUCCCCCCAGCAAAGGCUGAGAAAAUCGCUUCCCAGAUGAUCACUGAAGGACGCAUGAAUGGCUUCAUCGACCAGAUAGACAGCAUUGUACACUUUGAGACCCGUGAAGCCCUUCCUACCUGGGACAAACAGAUCCAGUCUCUGUGUUUCCAAGUCAACAACCUCCUAGAAAAGAUCCGUUCGGCUGCUCCAGAGUGGGCGGCACAGGCUAUGGAAACCCAGAUGACCCAGUAAACAUCCCCACCCCUCCAGAA